AGCUGCAGUAACAUCACAUUUCACCGGUACACAGCGGAAGCUUAUUGUCCCUUCCUACAGCCUGACAACGACCCCCUUACAAUGUUGGGUCACAGUCAGGACGGGAUGUCUGACUCACUUCUGCUCUCUGCGCGGUGGAGCUCGAGCUCUCACGCCAACUCCACCGUCAGUGACGUCUGCGUCACGUGUUCGUCUCUUCCCUCGGUACGUCCGUCGUAUUUUCCUCCCCUCCACUGCUUGCUUUAACACUGAGAGCCACUCGAAAUAAAUAAGCGCAAAAAGGGGGGCAGUUGUAGGUACCGGUCUGGCUCCAGUGUCACGUUUAUCACCAGCCGAUGGACCGAGGGGGCUUACACCUAUAAGUUGCCAUCAGUGAAGCCCGAACCUCCCGUCAGUUUCUGGCUCCACUGAACCCACACCAUUGUAAACUUUUAAAAUCCUGCGCUGCAUACACUGAGCUCCGACAAAGCGAGAAUUGCGGAAAGGACUACAAGUGGACCUAUGGCCAAGUCCCGCUGUUUUCCCUCCCCCAUCCCUGGUCUAUAGUCAACCAGAAAACAACCCCUAUUCUCACUCACACCCCGUUCUCAGCCAUUUGACCAACCCUCCUCAUCCUGUGGUCGCACCAUGGCCAGCAAGAGGAAGUCUACUACUCCUUGUAUGAUCCCAAGCAAGGUCAUACGCCCAGCAGAAGAGGUUGAAAAAGACUGUCCUGUUCUUCAGCGUCAAUCAAAGACUUCUGGAGGGGGCAGACAUAGCCCCCUCAACCUGGGGGAGUCUUCCAAACCAGAGGCGGGAGACGCUGUCAAAGAUGGUGCUGGCUCCUACACCUGUAAGCCUUGUAACUUUGAAACCCAUGACCUUAAUUUGUUUUUGGAUCAUGUGUACUCCGGGCACCCAGACUUCCGUGCGGACCCCAGUUUCUUUUGUGUGAGCUGUGGGAUUUCAGCACCCAAGUUUGAGGGCCUGGCCCUGCAUAAUGCCCGGGUUCACCCCAGCACAUUAAACACGACUCUGCAGCUGAGGAAGAGGGACAGGAGAAUAGUGGUGGAGCAGAAUCUGGUGACUGGGGCCGAGACAGGGAAGGAGAACGAGAUUUAUAUCACCAAAACCCCAAUUAUGAGGAUGCUAAAGGGUAAAUCGGAGCCUAAACGGAUAGUGGUGUCUCACUCAGUCUCCGAUGAGCCUUCCUCAGACCCGCUCUCUGUUUCUGCCACCAGAGAGAAUGAAAGAAAAGAGACUGCUGCAGUGACAGUCACGCAUGUUCCCACCAUUGUCCACAAUGGAACCACAAAGGUCACUUUGCCCUCAGCAAUUCAGAUAGUCAAUGGCUCUGGAGCAUUACCAAUGCUGAAGACUCCCAUCACACAGGUGGUCUCAGUGGUUCAAAACAGAAUCCUUAAUCAGUCUGCACCGGUUACAGUCUCCUCGAGUAUUUCCUCCACUUCUUCGACUUCUUCCUCCAAAAAUCUCCCCAAGGUGAUGAUUCCUUUGAGCAGCAUCCCUACCUACAGUGCCUCCAUGGACUCCUCUUCCUUUUUGAAGACUUCCUUCAGUAAGUUCCCAUACCCCACAAAGGCUGAGCUUUGCUACCUGACAGUGGUAACAAAGUUCCCUGAGGAGCAGAUCAAGAUCUGGUUCACGGCCCAGAGACUUAAACAAGGCAUCAGCUGGUCCCCUGAGGAGAUCGAGGAGGCCAGGAGGAAGAUGUUCAACACCAUCAUCCAGACUGCACCCACUAGCUCGCAGAACCAGACCCAGACUCAACGUAGCACGGCCCAACACACAAUCACUGUCCUGCCUGCUUCACUGGGGGCUACUGGGAUCCCUCACAUCUUGCAGGGCUCUCUUGUCAGUCAAGGAGGGGUAAUCGUCACACAGCCUGUAAUGGCAAAUGGUAUCCAGGUCAGCAGUGCUCCUGUGGCCCUGGCUGUCACUCCUAAACCCCAGGCAGCAGCCCGGCCCAUGAUGCAGGCCCGCCCUGCUGCAGCCCUGGUGGCAGACAAAGGUGUCAGCAUGGUGGUGGGGACGGUAGGCAGCAGCAGUACUGGGAGUAACAUCAUUAGCAGUAAUAGUAGUCGGAGUGGAGGUGGGGGCACUAGCAGUAUUAUUACUAGUAGUCAAGCUAGUGUCAUCAACCUUAGUGUAGGCAGCAGUAAUCAUAGUAAUGCUAAGGUGAGCAGUGUCAAUGGUAAACACAGCAGUGCUAAUGCGGACUGCAGUGACAAAAGCAAUAGUAAUGUCACCAGCAAUGUAAACGCUAAGAACACUGAUAUCAGCAAAGCCAACAACACCAGCAUUGUGCAGAGUGACAACAAAGUAAACACAGAAAGCAAAAACACCACAGACAGCAAAUCCACUAACAGUAACAGCAAAACAGGCAGCGAUGGACAGAAAAGCAAAGAUACCAACAGUAGCAGCAACAAAAAUAACGCAACCAGCACAAGCACAGAUGAUGUCUACUCCACCACCAGUGACUCUCCAACCAUCAAAAUGGAGGAGGCGUCUUCCCCUGCCUCAAAGUCUUCUUCCUCGUCUCCUGCCGCUCCUCUAAGCAGCACAGCAGGCUCUCGGACACCCGUUAAUGCAUUCCUGGACCCCAGCUUUUACAAGGGCAAGAAGUCACAAGAACAGCUCAAUGCUCUCAAAGACAGUUUUCAGGUCAGCCAGUUUCCCGACCAGGAGGAGGUCGACCGCCUCAUUGCCCUGACUGGGCUCACAGUACGAGAGGUCCGCAAGUGGUUCAGCGAUCGGCGCUACCACUUCCGCAACCUCAAAGGUACGCGCUCCAGCACAGGUGGACAGAGUAAGUCUGGCACUGCAGCAGGAGUCGGGAGCAGUUCAAGUACAGCAGGGAGCGGUGCCGCUGGCAGUGCCAACCCUGUUGAUUUGUCUGAAUUGAGCAGCAAUUCUGGUGCAAAAACUCCCCAGCACAGCUCUGCACCUGUGAGCCCAACUGCAUCACAGACUCCCACCUCUCCCACCACGCCUUCCCGUCGACUCCCCAGACCCCCUUCUCCUGAUUUCACGGCUAUCCGCUACAAGGAGAGAGAACCUCAUCAGCUAAAGGCCCUAGAGGCCAGUUUUGCCCAGGACCCUGACCCAUCAGGAGAAGAAGUGGACAGACUGCGAUCUGAGACUAAGAUGACCAGAAGGGAGAUCCAUGGCUGGUUUGCUGACAGGAGGAAGAGAGUGGCAGCCGAGAAGAAGAAAGAGGAGGCGGAGCGGGCGUUGCGAGAGGAGGACAACGAGAUGGACGUUGACGGGGAGGAGAGACAUAAAGACGACUGUUCUGGAGAACUGAAAGUCAACCCUAUCAAAAUAAAUCUGAAGAUGCUGAAGGUGACCGGGGCCAGCGGAAAAGCAGAGGGUGAAGGGUUGGAUAGCCCGGCUCAGACCAGCAGCACACCUGCAUCCUCCCGAGGUCCCACCCCAUCCUCUACCUCCAGUUCAUCCCAAACCUCCACCCCGACACCCAAACCAUCCCACUCACCCAAGCCCACUGCAACCCGAGGCAAGAAGACAGCAGAGCAGCUGGAAAUGCUCAAACAAAUCUACGCCCGUACCCAGUGGCCCAGCGCUACUCAGUAUGAUGACCUGAUCUCAGCUACUGGACUGCCCAGACCGGAGGUAGUGCGCUGGUUUGGGGACUGCCGCUACAUGCAGAAGAAUGGCCAGCUGAAGUGGCUGGAGACUUACCAGAACCUGGCUCUGGAAGCGGACCUCCAGAACGGGAACCCCCAGGUCCUCAAGGCCCACCUCGACGUUCACGGCAGACUGGAGGAGUCACAGUUGCAGGAACUGGUCGAGGCGAGUGGUUUAACAGCCGACUUGGUGCGACACUGGUUCUCCACCCAGGCGUCACUGAUGCGGAUGGAACAAACUGCUGCCGCUCAUAUGGCAGGACAAAGACCUGUUGCACCAGGUGCAGCAGCUGAGCCACGAACAACAGGAUCCUCCCCUCGGGAACCGCAGCCAGGAGGAGGGACGGAGGAGAAAAUGGAGCAGUCGGUGUGUGGUGUCGCAACAGAAGCGGAGAAAGCCAACGCUGGCGAGACUGUGAAUCCUGCUAAAGGAACCCACUGAAGAGGCCUUUUGUCUGAGGACGGAGUUGACGGUGCAGGUGGUCUUUGUGUUAGCAGUCUGAGGAAAAGACGGCAGAUGCGGUUGUAACAAGAUCAUGGAAAUGGACCUUGAAACCAUCCUCAUCCAUCCAUCCCUCUCUCUCUCUCUCCUUCUUGCUCUCACCCCUAGGGGUAGACAUGACCUCCCCCGCUACAUUAGCUGGAUGCUAAAUCCACAACACCCCCGCCCAUCCAUCCAUCCAUCCACCCACUCGCUGCCCUCCUUCUCCCGUUGUGCAUCUACCCCUCUGCUACACAGACCUUCCCCAGUGUCCUCCCUUUGGCCAUUUUCCCUUCAGGAGGAAGUUCCGGUAGAGACUUGUGACGGAGGGGAGGAGCAGGAGCGUUUGUUCACCCUGCCUGCUGUGAUGGGAGAAAGGAAGGAGGAAAAAAAAAAUGGGAUAGAUUUGGAGGAAGAAGAGGAGGGGAUAAAAGGGAGAAGUGUGGUCACUGUUGAAACCUCAGCAGAUGUUGAUCGGGACUUGAGGUUGAGUUUGGAUAUUUAUCGACCGAACCGACCCUCAGGCGAGGAACAGCUGAGUAUUGACCGUUCAUAGUUUGUUUUGGGGUACGAAAAACUGCACAGCUCUUUGCUACAGGGUGCUUGCUAAGGCCUUAAAAUAAAUGAAAAGAAUUUUUUUUUUUUUUUUUUUUUUUAAAUGUUUCAUCUUCAUACUCAUUUUUCCACCAACUUGCACUCAUCCACUUUAACUUCAGGCUUGCAGCUUACUUUGAAUGUGCUAGCUGAGCUGUUUCGUAGCUUCUUAUGUGAAUCAUAGCACUGAUAUUCAUUUGGUCAUGUCUUUAGCUGGACAUCUCUUUGUACUCACUCUUCUUUUCCUAUCAGUACAUAAUGGUCGGGUUAAAUUGUUCAGUUCUGUCAUCCAAAGAAGGCAAGCACCCUGUUACGUGUGAACAAAACAAAACAAAACAAAAAAAAAAAAAAAAAAAAAAAGUGACACAAUAUUGUAGACUAAACGGAAUCUGGUUUGUGUUGUAGCAUCAAGUGCUUCUUUACGUCACUGAUGUGUACGUACAUUUGUUUUUAUGGAACUUUCCUAUAAAUAGAGAUAAAUUUGACUGUAAAAGACCUGAACUUUUACCAGAGUUCCAUACUUAGGCUUGAUGUAUAAUUUUUACAGAUGGUAUUUGCAGAAUAAACAGAAUGUAAUAAA